AUGAACCACCAGAAGAGCCAGGCGCCCUCGCUGGCCGUGCGCGGCGGCAGGGGCGCCUCGCCGUCGCUGGAGCCCCUACUAAAGCCCUUCGUCGAGCGCCUGGUGCGCCGGGUGCUGCUGCACUUCGCCGACUUCCAGGACUCCCUGCUGUCCGUGGCCGCCCUGCGGCGCGUGGCCCUCUACGCCCUCCGCCCGCGCUGCUUCCAGGCGCUCCGCCACGCCUUCGUGCGCCCGUCCCAGCUGCGGGAGCGCUUCGACGACAUUCCCUACUUCGUGGACGACGACGCGCGGGCGAUCAUCCUGCAGGCCGCCUACCUGGCCUGGAGCUCGGAGGCGGGGGGCCGGGGGCGGGACCUGGCCAGCCUGGGGCGGGUGCUCAUCCACACGAAUGCCGAUCACAGCGGGAAGUUCCAAGAGGCGGUGGCGCGCGCGGCCGCCUGCGAGCUGGGCGCCGCGCUGCUGGUCGUGGACGCGGGGGCGCUGAACGGAUUGGCGCUCGCUACGCUUGGCCGACGGCUUGACGCCCCGGCCGGGCAGAGGGCGGGCGAGGAGGGGAUGUCUUUGGCUGGUCUGGCGUCGUGGUUUCUGAAGGGCGGCCGGCGCGCGUUCGUGUGGGACUUGGUGCGGGAGUUCUGCGAGGCGGCGCCCGGGCCGAUCGUGCUGUUCGUGCGCGACGUGGAGCAGACGGUGUGCGGCAGCGUGGAGGGUGCGGAGGCGUUUGUGCAGGCGCUGGGGGCGGCUGCGCGGGAUGCGGGCGGCCUUGGCCUGCCCUCCAGGACGGUGGUCGUCGCCGGCACGUCGCUGAGGGAGUUCGGCGCCGACCGGAUAGGCCGGCCCGGGGAGGGGGACAGCUCGGAUGAUGACCCGUUCGGCGGGGACGGAUCCCCGUUCUCGGGCCCCAGCUCGAACCCAUCGGGCCUGGACGACAGUCCGUCCAUUUUGUCGGAGCUGGGGUGGCGGGGCGGCGGGGACAGGGUGGACGUGAAGGGGAUGCUGGCCAAGCUGUUCACCGUCCGGGUGAGCAUACAGCCCCCGCAGGAAGGGCCGGGGGCGGUGGACCACCGGCAGCAGCUGGCGAGGGACUUCGACGACAUUAAGGCGGAGCAGAACCACGCCUGCGCCUUCGGCGUCGCCCGCUCCGCGGGGGUGUGCGUCCCGCCAGCGGACAGCCGUGUGUACAGGCGCAAGCCGCUGUCGGGCUCGGAUUGGGCAAGGGUGCUGUCGUGGGCGGUGUCCCAGGAGCUGCACCAGCGAAGGGGCGAAGGGGAGGGCGGGGAGCCGAGUGCGGGCUGUGAAGAUGAGAGGGCGCUGGCUUGUGGGGAGGAGGAGGCGUCGAGCGCCGGGAGCGCAAGGGAAAGGGAGGAGGUGGCUGGGACGCCCGGGUUUGCCGGAAGGCUGAGAAGGGGCAUGGUAUCCCGGGAUGGCAGCAUGUUUUCUCUGGAAGAAGUGCAGAAACGGCUUCAAUUUCUGGCGAAACCGAGGGAUGCUACGCUGCCGCAGGGGGAGGACGAUGGAUUUGGUGGCCUGGCGAAGUCGGAGCAACAGGGGAAGCACGGAGGCGUGUCAGAUAGGGAGCAGGAUUCAACAUGUGACGAUGAUGACCUCCUGGAAGUUGGUGAAGGUGCGGUGUUGUAUGGGCUAGCGAUGUUGGACAGGUGUGGGGUGUCCAGGGGCCAGAUAAAGACUGACAACAGCUACGAGCGCAGGCUGCUGUCAGAGGUUUUGCGCCCGGGUGAGCUCGGUUCAGGGUUUGCAGACGUUGGUGCCCUAUCAGCAGCAAAAGUUGCACUACGAGAGGCCGUCCAGCUGCCCUUGCAGCAUCCAGAGCUCUUCCUUCAGGGCUCGUUGAUCAGACCGUCAAAAGGUGUGCUCCUGUUUGGGCCCCCAGGGACCGGGAAGACUAUGCUUGCAAGGGCAGCGGCUGCUGAGUGUGGAGCCAGCUUCUUGGCUAUCCAGCCAAGCAGCAUUCUGUCAAAGUGGGUUGGGGAGGGUGUGCGGAACGUCCGGGCACUUUUCUCCCUGGCAGAGAAGCUGUCGCCAUGUGUGUUGUUCUGCGAUGAGCUGGAUGCGAUUCUGGGGCAACGGACCAUGCAAGAGCACGAGGCUAUGAGGGAGCUGAAGAACGAGUUCAUGUCACAAUGGGACGGCAUCCGGUCAGGGGGUGCUUGCACUUCCACUCGCAUCAUGGUCCUUGGUGCCACAAACCGGCCACAGGACAUCGACGAGGCUGUUCUGCGAAGGUUCAGCCACAGGAUAUUUUGCGACCUUCCCACGUUGGAUGAUCGCCUGGCUAUCUUGAAGGUCCUGCUGAGUGGGGAGGUGCUUGAUGAGACUGUCGACCUGAAGGAAGUGGCCAGAAUGACAGAUGGGCACAGUGGCAGCGACCUGAGGCAGUUUUGCAUAGCAGCUGCCAUGCGGCCACUCCGGGAGUUUCUCAAGGAACACAGCAUGGCCAAGGAGGGCAAAGUGGCAGGAUCAGCAGAGAGGCAUCAAGGGGUCAGCAAGGUUGAUGCAGCAUCUUUUGCAGCCAGUCAACGUCCAACAGUGAGUUCCUACAAUGCUGCGGACGGCCAUACAGCCAAGGGUGUGGAGAGUCUUGACUUGGAGGCCUUGGCAGAGACCACCAAUGGCUCCGGUAUUGGUUGCAGCAGAGCUUUGAAAUGGCGAUCCUACAGCCAAGGUGACAUGGCCAGUGACCCCAACGAAGGAGGUGCAUUGAAUGCGGGGACGGGUUUGGCUCUGUUCGAGGGCCUUGGAGUCUCUACAGGGAAGAGCGGGCAGGCAGACGCAAAUAAGAAUAACACAGAGUCGGCAUGGAGGGAACUGGAGGAAUGGGUGCAGGCUCCAGCCAGGGGAAAGGCAGCAGCACAGCUCGUUUCUCAGGAUUAUGAAAGAGUGGUGGGCAGCCUGGGGACUGGAACGACGAAAAUGCGCGCCCUACAGAUGGAAGACUUCAGGUGCGCUCGGAAGUGUGUAGCACCCUCGGUGGAGGCCGAGGGUGAGAGCAUUGCAGAGUUGAGGCGGUGGAGCGAAAAGUUUGGUGAUGGGAGCAGCCGCAGGAGUGCAGCGGACCCCAAGCUGAGCUACUUUUUGUGA